AUGACUUCUGCAUAUAUCGGAGUUGCUGGAGCUGGUGCUGGGGGUGGUGGAGCACAAUCUGCUUAUAUUGGAGUUGGUGGAGGACCAGCUGGGAAUGCACAAAAACCGGUUGGAGCUGGAGGUGGAGGUGGAGCACCUGCGGGAACAUCGGUAUAUUUCGGAGCACCAGGAGGAGGUGGCGGCGCUGGAGCAACAUCGGCUUAUUUUGGAGUUGGAGCUGCGCCAGUUGGAGCAUUGCCAGGAGCACCUGUUCAAGCUCUGCCAGCAGGUGAGUUUGGGUGGCCUAUUCAUGCUCUUAGAGCUAAAUUUUAAGAAUAUUCAUUUCUUAUGUUUCAGGUGGUGGUGCUAGUACGAUGACUGCAGUUGGUGGCGCACCGAAGGGCGCAUCGACAAUGACUGCCGUAGGAGGAAUUCCACCAGGGGCUUCCACAAUGACCGCAGUUGGAGGAGUUCCACAAGGAGCAAGUACAAUGACUGCGGUUGGCGGAGUACCUGCGGGUGCAUCAACUAUGACUGCUGUUGGAGGAGUUCCUGCGGGCGCAUCAACUAUGACUGCUGUUGGAGGAGUUCCUGCGGGCGCAUCAACUAUGACUGCAGUUGGCGGAGUUCCUGCGGGUGCAUCAACUAUGACUGCAAUUGGUGGGGCACCAAAAGGAGCAUCAACCAUGACUGCGGUUGGUGGAGUCCCACCUGGAGCAUCAACUAUGACUGCCGUUGGCGGAGUUCCACAAGGAGCUUCGACAAUGACUGCAGUUGGCGGAGUUCCUCCGGGUGCAUCAACUAUGACAGCAGUUGGCGGUGUACCAGCCGGCGCUUCGACAAUGACUGCAAUUGGUGGUGCACCAAAAGGAGCAUCAACCAUGACAGCUGUCGGAGGAGUCCCACCUGGAGCAUCAACUAUGACUGCCGUUGGCGGAGUUCCAGCUGGAGCUUCAACUAUGACUGCUGUUGGCGGUGCACCAAAAGGAGCCUCGACUAUGACCGCUGUUGGAGGAGUUCCAGCGGGAGCAAGUACAAUGACUGCCGUCGGAGGAGCACCAAAAGGAGCAUCAACAAUGACAGCAGUUGGAACCGCACCAAGUUAG